GAACAAAAGGCCUCAUUGCCUCAUUGAUCAAAAGGCGGAUAAGCAUCCCUUCAAAAGCCAAGUGUUCUUUACUUCUUCCUUCCUCCCUCUCUCUCUCUCUCUCUCUCUCUAUCUUAAAUCCUCUCCAUUGAUCGCUUCAAUCUUUUUGUAUAGAAGCCAAACGCAUUUCCUGUUCCACUUGCAAACAACCACUUUCUUUUAGCCCCCAAUACGAACAAAUAUUUUUCUAGCUUGGGUCACUAAUAAUAGCAAUGAGUAGUGAACCCCAUAACUCUGAAACAGAAAGCAGCUCAUCCAACCCACCCUCCCCGGACUCCAGAAAAGGCAAGCGCAUCCGGGACUCCAACAAGGACCCAGUGUACCGCGGCGUCCGCAUGAGAAACUGGGGCAAAUGGGUCUCCGAAAUCCGCGAGCCCCGCAAGAAAUCACGCAUAUGGCUCGGCACUUUCCCCACGCCAGAAAUGGCCGCUAGAGCCCACGACGUCGCUGCGCUCAGCAUCAAAGGGAAUUCCGCCAUACUCAAUUUCCCAGAGCUCGCCAGCUCGCUGCCCCGCCCGGUCUCGCUCGCUCCGCGUGACGUGCAGGCUGCGGCGGCCAAAGCAGCCCAGAUGGUUCACUUGGACUCGACGUCGUCGUCGUUGUCGUCUCUGGUUUUAGCGAUGGACUUGUCCAAGGAGUCGGAGGAGUUGAGCGAGAUCGUUGAGCUGCCGAGUUUGGGGACAAGUUAUGAGUGGGAGGACUUGAGUAAGGAGUUCGUGUUUGUGGACUCGGUGGACGGGUGGGGGAUGUACUUGCCGCCGUGGUUGCAGAGUGUGGAAGAUUGCGGGAAUGUCUGUGCUGAAUUGGCGGAGCCAGAGAGCUGUGAAGGCUUAUUAUGGUAAUGGAAUUAAUAAAUCAGUGCUGUGGUUUGUGAAUGCUAGUGUCUUUUUUCUUUUCUCUCUUCUCUUCAUUUCAUUUCAGUUUUAAGCCCUUUACUUUUUCUCUGAAGGGUUAGAAACUCUCCUUUGUCUCUCUGUCUGUCUCUCCGUGUUUUCUUUGUGCAACUGUACAGUGUUAAUUUCCUUGCCUUUGGUUGGUGGGAAAGUUCUAACAGAUAAUUUAAAAGCCUCUCUCCCUACUCCCUCCCUCCCUCCCUCCCUCUCCCUCUAGUAGUAGAAUGUAGCAGUGUAGCUCAAACGCACAAAAAGAUUCUCAAAGUUUCUUCCUUGAGAAUCUCUUGUCCUCCUCGUUGCUAUGGAAAUUCUGAUAAAAAAAAGAAGGCACAUCAUUGUAUAAGAGGAAAUUAACAAGACCCAAAAAUAAAAACGUUCCCGUGCCAAAAGUCCGGAGGGUCUCGACUUUCGACCGAAAAUAAGAAAAAGGUUUAGGCGUAGCUAGCUGUACUUGGCAGAAGAUGACAGACGGUGAAACAUGGUGAGCUGGGACUGUGACUGGCAAUUGGCCAAGGAACUUUAUUUUCCGAGUAAUGCUUUGUUCUACACAGUGUGUGUACCAUUUGUACCACAAGCAUGUGUAUUAAAUUUUUUUUUUUCCUGAUCGAUAUGUGUAUCUUCUCCCCGCUUUAAACCACGUCUGUAAGCUAUCUUGUCAUUCAUGAAUAGGGCUAAGCUACUCAGUUUUA